AUGAGCAAGUUGGGAGCUUUAGCCGACGAUUCAUUAUCGAUAAUGGACGGGAUCAAGAUUUAUAGCAACCCUGUUUCGAAAAAAAAAGUUAUUGAUUCUAAUAAAAUUAAAAAUAAUUCAAAUGCUUGGGCUGGUGUUCAAUUGAAUCCUGUUUCCAAGCACGAUGACAAUUUGGACAAAUAUGAAAUCGGAGCUUACGGUUACGGAAAGAACAACGUCAAAUUACUGUACGUGAAACGCGAAAACGCAUACCGCCAUGAGAUCCGCGAGUAUGAAGUCGACACUCAUCUGCGACUGGGAAGCCAAAAAGACUAUUUAGAGGGGGACAAUCGCGACAUAAUAGCGACAGACAGCCAAAAAAAUACUGUGUACAUACUCGCGAAAAAGUACGGAAUAAAAUCCCCAGAAGAGUUUGGAAUUUUGCUGUGCGCCCAUUACCUCUACACUUACAAACACGUCGAGGAGGUUCACGUAAACAUUGAAGAGUAUCCAUGGAUGCGUCAUGCUGUUAAUGGAGUUCCCCACAACCACGCUUUCAUUUUCAAUCCUUUAGCCACGAGAUAUUGUCACGUUACACAACUCAGAAAUGAGUCGCCUAGAAUCCGUGGUGGCUUGAAAGACAUGCGAGUGUUGAAAACAACACAGAGUUCAUUCAUUGAUUUCAUUCAAGAUGACUAUCGAACUCUUCCCGACGCCAAUGACAGGAUAUUUAGCACAGUUGUCACAGCGUCUUGGGAUUUUUCGACUGCCAUAGACGUUAAUUUCGACAGUGUUUGGACCACUGUUAAAGAUUCUAUUUUAGAAAAAUUCGCAGGGCCUCCUUUGACAGGAAUUUCGUCACCCAGUGUGCAAAACACUCUUUAUUUAGCCGAGAGAUCUAUUUUGGACAAGGUUGAUCAGAUCAAGAGCAUUGAAAUGCGAAUGCCGAAUAAACAUUAUUUUGAUCUUGACAUGAGCAAAUUUCCGAAGCUUGUGGACGGAGAGAACAAAGAAGUGUAUCUGCCAGUUGACAAGCCCUCGGGAAUUAUUUAUGCGCAACUGAAUAGAAAAGAUCUUACCUCAAGGCUCUAG